CUUGUUAUCGUAGUUUAAGAAUCUAGAAUUAUGCUGAUAACAUAAGAAGUCUUCUAAAAAAAAACUGUUGCAGAAAGAGCUAAUAUAUGGUAUUUUUUAAAACACAAUAAUCAUUUAUAAUUUCUCAUUAUUUUAUCGAAGAUAGACUGUUUAAUUUAUUGUUCAAAAAUAAUUUCAGUCAGCACAGAAUAUAAUAUUUAACAUACAGCAUAACCUACACGAAUACAAGAUAUCUAAGGAAUAUAUUUGGAAGAAAUAAAAAAUAUGGAUACGUUUUGAUUUUCAUUGUUAUCGGAAUCUAUCAGGAAGAUUUGUUGUAAGUUGUAUAAGGUUCAUGCGAAUAGUAAAAAUACGAAAGUGAUUAAGAUUAUUUGGAUAAGGCUGCCAUGUUUUUGCCCCACCGUUUUAUUAGAGCAAACGUGCAAUUUAUAAGAAGCGUAGCUUAUGUCGGAUCGGGUAGUAACUUCAUUGCUUUCUCACGAAUAUUAUCGCCAAAAAUUUCUCAACCGUUUGAUAAUCCAGCACUUCUGUUCGCUAAGACAUUUAGCGUUUCCUCUGGAAUAAUGACGAAAAUAAAGGCUGGACCUGUCGUUGAUAUCUUGGGUGAUGAAAUGACAAGAGUCAUUUGGGAUUCUAUUAAAGAAAAACUCAUUUUACCCUUCUUAGAUAUUGAACUACAUACCUAUGACUUAGGUAUUGAAAAUCGGGAUGCUACUAAUGAUAAGGUGACUGUAGAAUGCGCAGAAGCUAUUAAGAAGUAUAAUGUAGGAAUCAAAUGUGCUACUAUUACUCCGGAUGAAAACAGAGUAAAAGAAUUUAACUUGAAAGAAAUGUGGAAAAGCCCAAAUGGUACUAUCAGAAAUAUCUUAGGUGGCACAGUCUUCCGUGAACCGAUUUUGUGUAAAAACAUACCAAAACUAGUACAAGGUUGGACUCAACCAAUUAUCAUUGGUAGACAUGCUCAUGGAGAUCAGUAUAAAGCUGUUGAUUUUGUGGUACCUGGCCCAGGUAAACUUGAAAUCACAUGGACUGGAGAUAAUGGGAAAAAAAUUUCACAUACAGUUCAUAGCUUUAAGGGAUCUGGAAUUGCACAAGCUCAAUAUAAUACAGAUGAAAGUAUUUUAGCUUUUGCUCACAGUUCUUUCCAAUAUGCUCUGUCAAGGAACUACCCCUUGUACCUUUCCACAAAGAAUACCAUUCUUAAACAAUACGAUGGCAGAUUUAAAAAUAUUUUUCAAGAAACAUAUAAUAAAGAAUACAAAGAUAAAUUUGAAGCCAAGAAACUUUGGUAUGAACAUCGCCUGAUAGAUGAUAUGGUAGCAUAUACAAUGAAGAGUGAAGGUGGUUUUAUAUGGGCUUGUAAAAAUUAUGAUGGAGAUGUUCAAUCUGAUUCUGUAGCACAAGGUUAUGGAUCUCUGGGUCUGAUGACUUCAGUUUUAAUUUGUCCAGAUGGACGCACAGUAGAAGCAGAAGCUGCUCAUGGUACAGUUACAAGACACUAUCGUCAGUACCAACAGGGAAAGGAAACUUCAACAAAUCCAAUUGCUUCCAUAUUUGCAUGGACAAAAGGUUUACUCCAACGUGCAAAGCUGGAUAAUAAUCAAGAUCUUAAAAAAUUUGCAGAAACAUUAGAAUCUGUCUGUAUUAAUACCAUUGAAUCAGGUUUUAUGACAAAGGACCUUGCAAUUUGCAUUAAAGGCAUGAGUAACGUUACUAGAUCUGAUUACUUAGAAACAUUUGAAUUUAUGAAUAAGUUAGCAGAAAAUUUGCAGAAGCAAUUAAAAUGACUGCAAUAUCCAAAUCAAACAUCAAAGUAUUAACUAUACAUGGGAAAAAUAUUAUUACUGGUUAUGGGGAAAAGAGUUGCAUCUAUUUAUAUGUUAGAUUACAAAGAUGGAACAUAAUGAUAUGAAUAAAAGUAAGAUUAAUAUAUUGCAA